AUGAAAACAAAUCAAAUAAAACGUUUAAAAACGUUGUAUCGCCAUAUUUUGAACGAAGCAUCUAAAUUUGAGAAUAUAAACUACAACGUCUACUUCACUAACAAGGCUAAAGAAAACUUUAGGGAAUUUUUUAACAAUAGUAUACAAGACUGUGAAAAAUUAAAAACAUUUGAAAAUGAAUGUAAUGAUUACCUUAAUAUGCUGAAGAGACAAACCAUAAUACAUAAUUUGUACCACGUUGAUAAGCCAUUAGUGACAAAAUAG